CCAGUUGGUGGCAGUAACGUGCCCACACACACUUUAACCACCGCCAACAAACCACCAGAGAGGGAAGAAGAACUGGGAAACAACGCAUCGUCUGAUCCAUAGAUGCGAUUUGAGGACCAUUCACUGCCCACCAUGAAUAAACCUGUUUAGCGCAUGUCUUACCCGAUGUAACACCCCGCGCCUCUGUCCUAUAUUCCCGCUGAGGUCACAGACAACUACACUUGAAUUUGCUCUCUGUGUUUUCAGGUUUCUCAUCCACUCAUCAUGGUGGAAUACUACCAGGUGUUAGGAGUGCGGAGGGAUGCGUCUGCGGAUGACAUAAAGAAAGCGUACAAGAAGUUGGCCCUGAGGUGGCACCCUGAUAAAAACCCAGAGAACAAGGAGGAUGCUGAAAAGAAGUUCAAGGAGCUGUCAGAGGCUUACGAAGUCUUGUCAGAUGUAAAUAAGAGGAGCAUAUAUGAUCGAUAUGGCAAAGAGGGACUGACGGGGAGUAAUGGAGGAAGAGGGGGUCACUUCCACAAUGGAGAUCAUUUCCAUGAACAAUUCACAUUCCGCAACCCAGAAGAUGUCUUCAGGGAAUUCUUCGGAGGCAGGGACCCAUUUGCUGACUUUUUUGGUGCAGAUCCUUUCAGCGAGGAUCCUUUUUUUGGCAGCAGCCGACAGCACCAUAGUCGGGCAAAUCGCAGCAGGGCAGGUGGCUCAUUUUUUGGAGGCUUUGUUGGUUUCCCACCCUUUGGUGCUGGCUUCUCACAUUUUGACCCUGGCUUUGGUUCUUUUGGCUCCAUGGGCACCAUGGGUCAUAUGGGUCACAUGGGUCAGAUGGCAACAAUGGGCAGUCUGGGAGGUGGAGGCUUCACCUCUUUUUCCUCCUCAUCCUUUGGGGGAGGAGGUGGAGGAGGGAUGGGCAACUUCCGCUCUGUGUCCACUUCCACCAAGAUCAUCAACGGCAGAAAGAUCACUACUAAAAGAAUUGUGGAGAAUGGUCAGGAGCGGGUGGAGGUGGAGGAGGACGGGCACUUGCGGUCAUUAACCAUUAAUGGUAUGGAGCAGCCACUGCGACUGGAACACAAGUAAAGACCCUAACAUCCUCUGCUGGAAGUGUUACCUCAGCACAAACAUACCAAUAAACUUGAGCUUCAACUGGAGGAAAAAAAGCAACAAAACAAUGUAAUGAUAGUGCUCUACUAUUGUUUGGAUGUACAUAUUUAGGUUGUGUUUAUUUCCCCUCAUGUCCUCUCCCUGUUGACUCUCCUUUGUUAACAACAAUUCAGAUCAGAGGAUUUGGAUGCAGACCUUUCUAUGCAUUUUGUUAAUGCAUUUAUGAAUUGGAGCUGUCAUUAUAUUUUAGCUCAGGGUGGUGUUAUUGUUUCAGUGUUUGGGACCAGAGUAUUGUUCUGUUGUACUGUAUAGCUGCUUUCAGACAUGCACUGAACUCCUGAGAACAUACGGACAUUCUUCGGAGGGGCUGUAUUUGAGAAUGCAAAUGUCAGAGUGAGAUCCCUUGGACCUGAAGUUUCUCCGGCCAGUCCCAUUGUAAAAACUCAGCAGAAUGUCCGAAGGAGCUGAUGUAAGAACGCAGCAGGAGAUCCUCUGCAUCAUUCACUACAAGUAAGUGGGUGUGUUGAUCACGCAACAGAAGCAAAAAUUAAAGAAGAAAAAUAUCUGUGGAUGAAAAAGUGUUCCAUACACGUAGAUGUCACCGACUAAGGUAGAGAGAAUUCUGGGUGAUAAGGGCGGGUGUUGAUUUGCUGUAAACAAAUACACAUGAUCUCUUGUUGCGGAAUUAAUCUAUUACAUCCUGCUUCUGCCUGCUGCACCUCCCCUCACCUGAACACUCUGGAGAUUUUCGUGUUGUUUUGAACACGUCUGAGCCAAGAGUCCUAGCUGCGUUGUUCAUGUGUGAAAGGUACCCUCCGAAAGAAGGCCGGACCCAAUUCUACGGACAUUCCUCCAGAGUUCAUGUCUGAAAAUGGCUUAUAUGACUAGCCCCUCCCCCUUCCAGUACUUUGUGUAUGCACUCCACUGGCAUCUGUCUGUUUGCCAUCAGCACACAUGCUGUGUUCAGAAACACGACUUUGUUUUUUCAUCUUAAUAUCUAAAAAAAAAAGUUGAUUUGAUUUUCCAAGUGGAUCAAGUAAAUAAUUGAAGCAUCUUCCCUGUCUGUGUUUACUGCUUGUCUAACCUUUUCUUAGUAAUAAUUAUUUUUUAUUAAAAAAUACAAUGCUGGUAGAAUGAGUUAUGCAAUUUUAUAUGUUCUAAUACCAUUGUUUUUUUGUUUAUUUAAUUAUGCAUGUACACCUGUUGAUGUUGAGUCUUAAUGUUAAAGCUGCAUUAUGAUGCACAAAUAAGGGAGAGCAUUCUAUUAAUGAUAUAUGAAUACGGAAGGAAUUUUGUGUACUUUGUAAACCAAUAAAUCGGAGUUUCAUCCUGUUUUCAGGACACUGACA